AUGCUUCUGUCAUCAUCUCUCCUGACUGCCGUUCUUUUAGUCACUGGCCAAUUAGUUGCCGGCCAUGGUGCUAUCAUAAAAGCUAUUGGGGAUGCGGGAGGGAAUGGAACUGCCCUCGGAAUUGACGCCUCAACUCCAAGAGACGGCACAAGGCGCAACCCGUUUCAACAGGAUACAACUCGCUUUCAAGGAGACGCGGAGGACGCUUGUGGAGAAACCUUGGGAGCUGGAGACAACAACCCUGAGUCUGGAACCGCACAGGUUCUUGCGACAUCUGGUGGCACGCUACCGCAGAUCACACCUGGAGGAGAGGUCCAAAUGACAUUGCAUCAAGUCAACGCGGAUGGGGCUGGUCCCUAUACAUGCAUGAUCGACGCCACUGGUACCGGAACUCAGUGGGAAUCAAUGCAAGUGACGGCCAACGUGCCAGGGAAAAAAGGUCGUGACAAAGACGGCGCAACUACAGACUUCCCUCUCACUGCAGCAGUCGCUGCCAAUCAAAAAUGUACUGGUACCGUGGCAGGUCAGAGCAACGUCUGCAUGGUACGAUGUCAAAAUCCCGCGCGUGCUGGGCCAUUCGGAGGAUGCGUACCUGUUCAGAUGGCAGGCACCAACGCGAAUCGUACCAUUGGCCAGCGUUUUGCUAGAAGAUAUACUCUCUCCACUCUUGAUUGAGGAUUUCUGCCAACAGGGCAGGGAUGGCAUACAGGGGCCUCUUGUCAACUGUGGGGAAGCAAUAUUGGAAGGCAGGGUGAGAGUUGAGCUAAUCUUGAUGCGGAGUAAACGGUGAUGGAAGAGGGUUACGCGACCUGUGGAAAAGUGUAGUUCCUUCAUAAUAUAGAACGAUGUGAUCUGAUCUGCAUGACUCUAAAACAGC